GAAAAAAGAAUCAGAGUCUCUCAGCCAUUAACAAGAGGACCAAGUGCCUUUAUACCAGAGAAAGAAGUUAUGCAAGCAAAUGGUUUGAAUGAACGUACUAACCUUCUUGUGGAAGAAUACUCAACAUCUGGUCGCCUGGACAACAUCACACAGGUCAUGAGUUUACAUACUCAGUACUUGGAGUCUUUCCUCCGCAGCCAGUUCUAUAUGUUGCGUAUGGAUGGGCCCCUUCCUUUGCCUUAUAGGCACUACAUUGCUAUAAUGGCUGCUGCCAGACAUCAGUGUUCCUACCUAGUAAAUAUGCAUGUUGAUGAGUUUCUGAAGACUGGAGGGAUUGCAGAAUGGUUGAAUGGUUUGGAAUAUAUCCCACAAAGACUGAAAAAUUUGAAUGAAAUAAACAAACUUCUUGCACACCGACCCUGGCUGAUCACAAAAGAACAUAUUCAGAAACUUGUCAAGACUGGAGAAAAUAAUUGGUCUCUUCCUGAAUUGGUACAUGCUGUGGUCCUAUUGGCACACUAUCAUGCCUUGGCAAGUUUUGUAUUUGGUAGUGGCAUUAAUCCAGAGAGAGAUCCAGAUACGUCUAAUGGGUUCAGACUUAUAGCAGUCAACAAAUUCUGUGUCUGUGAUCUUGCCAAUGACAACAACAUCGAAAAUGCAUCCCUCACAAGUAGCAACUUUGGGAUUGCAGAUUCUUUGAGUGAGCUGGAGGCCUUAAUGGAAAGAAUGAAGAGGCUGCAAGAAGAAAAGGAGGAAGAGGAGGCCUCGCAGGAGGAAAUGGCAACUCGUUUUGAAAAGGAAAAGAAAGAGAGUCUUCUAGUAGUUACUGGAGCAUUUGAUGAUGAAAUGGUUUCCACAUCGGAUGUCUCCCGCUAUAUCGAAGAUCCUGGUUUUGGGUACAAAGACUUUGCCAGGCGGGGAGAAGAACAUCUGCCAACAUUCCGAGCUCAGGACUAUACCUGGGAAAACCAUGGCUUCUCCCUUGUGAACAGGCUUUAUUCUGAUAUUGGGCAUCUCCUGGAUGAGAAGUUUCGGAUGGUCUACAAUCUCACAUACAACACUAUGGCUACACACGAAGAUGUUGACACAACCAUGUUGAGAAGAGCUUUAUUUAACUAUGUUCACUGUAUGUUUGGAAUCAGGUAUGAUGAUUAUGAUUAUGGAGAAGUUAAUCAGUUACUUGAACGCAGCCUGAAGGUUUACAUUAAGACAGUGACCUGCUACCCAGAGAGAACUACCAAGCGCAUGUACGAUAGUUACUGGCGUCAGUUCAAGCACUCAGAGAAGGUCCAUGUAAAUCUACUUUUAAUGGAAGCCCGUAUGCAAGCAGAACUUCUAUAUGCCCUUCGUGCCAUAACUCGUCACUUGACCUGAAGUAUCAAUUCAGAGGGGGCGAAGGAAAUUAAAUUGAUAUGUAAAGGCCUUUUUGAAAUAGAUACACAACAGAAGCUGUAUGUGAUGUAGCAUCAAGUUACUCAGUUCUCUAGUGUCAAAGUUUAGCCGUGUUUUUGGCGGCUGUAAUGUGCAAUGACGUGUUUUAUUUUCUUGAUGCUUAACAUUACUAAUGAUAGCAAAAAUAACACUGAGGAGCACUACUUUUUCUGGUUCGAUUUCAGGAUACUGGUCAAAAUCCUAAAACUAGUUUUGUUAUACUCAACUCUAGCGCUUUGUUCUGAAACACAGGAAAAAAGUGUUUAUCUUUUCAAGCAAUCAUUUUUCAGAUUAGUGGAAUUCAGCAAAGGUUUUUUGGACAUUCUAAGAGAUCUUAAAACAAUGUCCUAAUGCUAGUAGAGAGAAGCAUGUGAUGUAUUAAACUGAACUGGCUACAGGAUUCUUUAUCUCCUGGAGACUACUUGUCAGGCACUGUUUUACUACAGCAAUUGAAGGUGAUGUGAAAUAUAAUGCCAACAUUGUCCACGUUUUAAUGUGACAUUAAUCAUGAUAAAUUCUACAGCAUGCUACUGAAAUGCAAAAUUCAGUUUAUUUUUUUUUCCUUUCCUCUUUCCAAAAGAAGAGGUUUCACAAUUAUCCAUUUCAGUUGUACAUAUUAUGGUUCAAUCAUGGAUAAUCUUGUCUUACUGACAGUCACCCUCAAUCUUUUUUACAGCAUACAUGCUCAUCAUAGUGUUGCUUGCAAGUUCACCUAGUUGACGCCUGUAAAUGUAAUACAGAGACUGACCAAAAAAAAUUUUUUUUUGCACUCUCCUUUCUCCAGUGCAUUUUUUAAUUAAGUAAAGCAAAGGAAGGCUGUCAUACCUGUUCUUUCCCUAGUAGGUUAUAGAAAUUUAUUUCCUAAAAUUUUUUCAUUCAUAGUGUCUGAACACUUUAAUAUUCAAAGCUAAAAUUGUGUUUCUAUGCAUUAAUGUGUGUGAACAAAAGAAAAGUGCAAUAUUUAAAAAGAAAGCAAGCUUUUCCCUGUUAUGUCACUACUGAAGUGCCCUUUUUAUACAACCAUAAAGAAAUUUUAAAACAAUUUCUUUAUUGUCCGAGGCUUAGCAUUUUUGUUUUAGCUUGUAUGGCUUCAGCAAUCUGAUAUUUAAGUGCCAAAGCAGCCACAAAAUAAAAUGUACUUGGACAACUGGUAAUAUUGGGGAAGGGAAGAAAUAAGCUGCCAAAAAGUCACAUUUUUGCAUUAUAUUGUGUUGCUUGACUAGACUGAUUUUAAGAGCACAACAUUUCAGUGUUUAUAGCUUUACUUUGGAUUGUGUUAAUGAACCAGUGAAGUGCCUAAAUUGAUGCUUAAACUUUCCCAGUAGGACACAGCUGUCACUGCUAAAAAAUCUUUUGUUUUGGUUUUGGUUUUUGCUAUAAGAAGGGUGACUUUUUAUUUUGCUUUUACAUGUAUUAGAAACUAACCAGUUAGGUUUUUUUUAAAGUUCCUCUGAAUUGUAGUAGAUGUAAAAAAGCUUUUCCAUUGAAAACUGCAGUAUAGCUUUUUUAACAUAGUAGUCAUAUUUUUACAUCUUUCAUUGAGGGGAAACAAACAAACAUGGACCAGUAUGCUACUAAAGUUAGUUUUCAUCCUCCUUCCCUCUCUUAAUAACUUGCUGUGACACCACAUGUUGGGAGUUUUUGCUUUAGCUGUCUGUUCCAGAUUGGAAAACUAAAUGAUUGUACAUUUAAAUACACUUUUUCUGCACUUUUGGACAGCAGUCUAUUUGCAUAAAAAGCCUUGUGAGAAAGAAAUUACUAAUUUUUUUAAGCCAAGAUAAGAAAUUAUCCAUCAAACUGUGCAUCAGAAUCUCUCCUGUAUAAAACAUUUCAUAAAUAAGAUUUAUUAAUCUUGUAUAGCCAACUACAAAGAUUAUUCAGACAAAGUGGUGAGAGGUUGAUAUGCAUAACCUUAGAUUUGACUUUAACUUGUUAUAAUCUUUUUCAACUUAACUAUAGUGGCUGCACCUAGUGAGUUUUUGCUUGUAACAAUUAUAUCUGGUAAGGACGUUCUUCAGUUAGUAACUCUGUCUUUAAGUGAUGGGAACUGUACAGUGAAAUUCCUUUGAUAUGAGAAGCCAGGUAUUUCUCAAGAACAGUUAAGUUUUGGAAGGAAGGUGAAACUAGUUUUAGGUAACUAUCAUAACCACUUAAUUCCUCUUCAGAAAUAUAAGGAUUUUAAAGUAGCUUGAGUGUUAGUUGUGGAAACUUUAGUGCCUUUAUUUUAAUCUUUCGCUACAGAAUUUACUUUUCCAGCUGAAUUGCCUUCUCAGCAAAGUAUGUGAUUAGAUUUUGAAAUACAUAAAUUGUAAAUGAAUUGAUCUCUUCAUAGUGAAUCAGUUUAAAAAAAACAACAACAAAACUUGAUUUCAGAAGGUGCCAUAUUUAAUCUAAUAUGGCCCUCAUGGCAUUCCACGUUGGGAAAUGUCAU